AUGGACCAGGAGACUGCAAAGAAACUUCUUAUAGAAGCUGGAACGUUUGUAUUUCUUGGUGUUCCUCAGGAGACCCAAUUUGGAAUCGAUAUGCAAUGUUGGAAUACCGAUGAAGACUUUCGUGGAAUUAAAAUGAUACCACCUGGCUUGCAUUACAUCCACUAUUCCGGCGUUAGCAAAGGCACCGGCGAUGUCUCCCCGAGGUCUGGAUUCAUGCAUUAUUUUCAAAAGAAAGAAUUUCUUGUAAAGCUGUGGGACAAAAAUCUUGAGGACAUGAGUAAAGAUGAGGUCACAGAUGAAAGUAUUCAGCGCUUAAAAGAUAACUUGCUAACAUUGGAUAGGCAUUUAGGUCCUUAUCCUUAUGAUAUUUGGCAAAAGUGGAAACUACUAUCUUCCCAGAUUACAGAGGACUUGGUAAACAGAUUUUCACCGGAGAGUGGCCUGAUUAGAGCCUCUGUGGAAUUACUAUCAACUUCCGAUAAAGACAGACCAAGAGGAGUAAAAACAUCAAUAGAUAGUGAAGAUAAGAAUCAGGAAACCCCAGGGCAAUCAGAUGCAAAACGUGCCAAACGCAUCACAGCUGCUGAGAAGGAAGCCUCAAUGCUGCCAAAUUUACAACCAGUGCCAGGAGCAUCGUUAAGAUUCACGGAGAUACCACAUGACAAGUUUCCUCCAGGUUCGACUCCAGAAGAAGUCACCAAACACUACCUUGACCAGUCAUACACACUUGAACUAAUGAUUGCACAGCAUGUUGAACCGCUUCACAUUAUAGGUGAGCUCCAAUUUGCAUAUUUAUGCUUUCUUAUCGGCCAUUCCUUGGAAGCAUUUGAACAUUGGAAGAAUUUAGUGAUAAUUUUUUGCUCCUGUGAUGAAGCAAUACACAAAUACCGGUCAGUGUUCUUCCAUUUCAUUCGCACAGUUGAAGUGCAAAUAGAAGAAAUGCCGGAGGAUUUUCUAGCGGAUAUUGUUAUGAACAAAAAUCUUGUUUACAAGAAACUUCGGGAGUUUUUUAAAACAGCCUAUGUGAGCAAAGUUGAUGGCCGACUCUUGACAAUGAUUGAACGGUUUAAAGACAACUUAACAGACAAAUUACAAUGGGAUUUUACAGGAUUGGACAGAGAUGAGGAAGAUGAGAGGCCGGUGAUAGUCAAAAUUGAUGAACCAGAGGAUGAUUAG